AUGGUCGUCAUCAACUCCCCCCAGCCAUCCGAAGCUCAACGCCUCGGUGAGAUUUACGUCUCAUCAAUGGCCGACAACCCCGUUGUUGUUGUCCAAUUUCCCACACCCGAACGCCGACAAGAAUUGCAAGCCUACUUUACAAUCUCUAUCGAACAUUCUAUACAAAAAAGGCCCGACACGACAUUGGUUGCCAGGCACGACGAUGGACGGAUUCUGAGCUUCAUCAAUUGGGAUGUGAUUGACCCUCACACCGCCCAUCAAGAGGCUGAAGAAUCGACCAUUCAACCAAAAACUGAUCCUUCAGCCGGCGAGAGCAUUUCUUUUGACAGCGAGGCUCUUAGCUGGCAAUCGAAUUAUCUUGCUAUCGCGGAAGAUGCACGGGCCAAAACCAUGGGUCAACGACCGUACAUCCAUCUGGUCUACGUUUCCACGGAUCCCAAUCACCAAGGCCAUGGCGCUGCUAGUAGACUUCUGAGUCGUCUAAUGGAGGUGGCCGUAUCCAAGAGGCUACCCAUUUGGCUUGAGAGCACAACGAAUGCAGUGUCAUUUUAUGAGAAGAAAGGUUGGAAAAGGGUAUGCAAGAUUUGUACACCGGCGCCUGGGAAUCCCCAGGAAUUCGAUGGAGGUGUGUAUGAAGAACAAGGUAUGCUAUGGGAGGCUCCUUCGGCUUGA